UUACGUGUUGGACAACGUGUAUAUCUGCGUGCUGAUGCAUAUACUUUUCUACGUGGCUCUGUGGUACGCCACCACGGUGAUUAAGAAAAUGGAAAAGUCGAACAAGGAGAUGUUAAAGAUUAUGGAGCAGAAUAGAACGAAAUUGGACGACAUAGGGGCGUUGAAGGAUAAGAAAACAGAGUACGACAAGGUCGUGGUUAAAGUGAAAGAAACGCAAAAAUUAACAUCGAACGAGCUGGAAGACGAAAUGCGAAAAUUGAGCACGGAGUUGAUCAACGCCGCGGACAAGCUGUCAGAGUUGGAGAAGAUCGUUGAGAAAUUGAUUUUCAGUACAAGUCCAGCGGGAAAUCGUGCGAGAGUUCUGCGGGCGACGUCGCUGACCGAGAAAACGAGCACGCGGGCAAGAGUCUUACGGGCUCGCUCGAGAAUCUCAAGAUACUCGAACCGUCAUUUCCACCGCCCAUGCCUCCGGAACCUCCGCCCAGGAAAUAUGGGAUCUUUGUCACUCGACCUCCUGGCCAACGUCGUCCCGCAAUUGCAGCUGCGUCUACACCACCAAAAAUCGGAUUCAAGUAACUAUGCUUCUGUCGAGGCUUCCUCGGAAUCAGCAAUUUAUCAACAAACGGAAAAAUUGAUCUGGAGUGGUGGAGAUCGCCGACACAAUGAAAGAAAAAGGAAACGAUACGAUAAAUUUUGGAACAAUGCCACUUCGUCGCGAUUGAAUGUGAAGAAAUUGAACAGUGAAACUCUGAAAAACGUGACGCCCCUUACUAAAUCUUUGUUGGGUCUCGUCACUAUUUUCACGAAGGAGAAAUUUUAAAUUUCUGUCGAAACGUCAAAUUUGUGUCAAAUUCGUAUUU